UGUUCUCAUCCAAAUCAUUUCUUUUUCAUCCUUCUUGGAAGUCGCAAAAAUCAACCUUGGUAAAUAUCAUUUUUUUUGGAAACCAGAAACCCUAAUCCGGACCGAACCCUAGGAUUUACCCUAACCGAACCCUAACCCAGAUCCAGAAACUGCUCUGCUUAGGAAGUGUGCUUCUGCUUUAGCAUAGUUAAGGCAGCAAUGGAGGUGGGUAGUUUCAGUCCCGUUGAAAAGAGCAUUUGGGUAUGCUCUGUAAUGGAAGCUUUGUUGGCCGAGACUUUAGUUCUGGCUGUAAAGUCUCUUGCUUGCCUUCUCAUGCUGACGGGAUCGGUGCUGAAUGAUAUGAAUGCAUCACUUAAUUUGACUGCAGUAGAUCAGAGGUUUCCAUUUGAUGAACUUCUAAGAAGGGAACAUCCUGGCCCAGAAAACAAAGAUGGCAGUGAUACAGAGGAUGAUGACGAAGAUGAAGAGGACAAUGUAGAUGAUCAAGAUGAUGAUGGUGAUGAUGAGGAUUUCUCAGCGGAAGAAAGUGAAGAAGGGGAUCCCAAGGAUGAGCCUGAAGCCAAUGGGAAUGGAGGGAGCGGUCAAGAGGAUGACGAAGACGAGGAUGAUGACGGGGACGAUGACGACAAGGACGACGACGAUGAGGAUGAAGUAGAGGACGAAGAAGAAGAUGAGGAUGAUGAAGUUCCUCAGCCGCCAUCGAAGAAGAGGAAAUGAAACUGAUCAUUAACCUUCAGAUAUUCUACUAUCUCCUGCUUUUUUUCCUCUGGGUGAGGAAAUUUUAGGGAGGGAGAAUUCAGUUUGUUUGUUUACUUAAGAGUAGAAAAUUCACCAUUCCAAACGAAUUUUAUUUACGGCAUUUGUCAUGUAGUCAUGUUACAGGUGAUUAUGAUGCAUCUCAUUGUAUCUUGAACUAACUGCCGGGUCCUAUUUGUUUAGGAGAACUUCGUAUCGGCUUGAUUAGGUUGUGGGCUUUUGUAGUAUCCCGGUAGCGUUUGAUCAAGCAAUCAAUUGUAAGGUGGAAACUGAAGUUUAUUCAAUUAUGUCAAGUUAGCGUUAUUUAACA